GGCAAAUGUCAUCACGUGACUUGUAGGCUGUAUCAGUCGUGACGUCAUGGAGCAGGUCUGACGGUAGCAGAGGUGAAGCGAGCUAAUACUGAGGACACCGAGCACGGCUGAUCUGUAGUAUUACACUUUAGUAGUGUGGGAUUGAUUUCAGACGUGCAGCAUCAUGGGGGAGUUAUUUCGCAGUGAGGAGAUGACUCUGGCCCAGCUCUUCCUUCAGUCUGAAGCAGCCUAUUGCUGUGUCAGUGAACUGGGAGAGCUUGGAAUGGUCCAGUUCAGAGAUCUCAACCCUGAUGUGAACGUGUUUCAGAGAAAGUUUGUCAAUGAAGUGAGACGCUGUGAAGAGAUGGACAGGAAGCUCCGGUUUGUUGAGAAAGAGAUUAAAAAAGCCAACAUUCCAACUAUGGACACUGGUGAGAAUCCUGAGGUUCCAUUCCCACGAGACAUGAUUGACCUUGAGGCAACUUUUGAGAAACUAGAAAAUGAAUUGAAGGAGAUCAACACAAACCAGGAGGCAUUAAAGAAGAACUUUCUGGAGCUGACUGAACUGAAGCACAUCCUCAGACGUACACAGCAGUUCUUUGAUGAGAUGGAGGAUCCUAACCUAUUAGAGGAGUCAUCGUCUCUGCUGGACCCCAGUGAGGCGGGCCGUGGAGCUCCACUGCGACUGGGGUUUGUGGCUGGAGUUAUAAGCCGUGAGAGAAUCCCUACGUUUGAGAGGAUGCUGUGGAGAGUCUGUCGUGGAAAUGUCUUUUUACGACAGGCAGAGAUUGAGGACCCUCUUGAGGACCCCACAACAGGGGAUCAGGUGCACAAAUCUGUAUUUAUCAUCUUCUUCCAAGGGGACCAGCUAAAAAACAGAGUGAAGAAGAUCUGUGAAGGGUUUCGUGCAUCUUUGUACCCCUGUCCUGAGACCCCUCAGGAGAGAAAAGAAAUGGCAGCGGGUGUCAACACUCGCAUUGAUGACCUUCAGAUGGUUUUGAAUCAAACUGAGGACCAUCGGCAGAGAGUUUUGCAGGCAGCUGCUAAAACCAUACGUGUGUGGUUCAUUAAAGUGAGAAAGAUGAAGGCCAUUUAUCACACUCUGAACCUCUGUAACAUUGAUGUUACACAGAAAUGUUUGAUAGCAGAGGUCUGGUGCCCUGUGUCUGAUCUUGAUUCCAUUCAAUUCGCUCUGCGCAGGGGAACAGAACGGAGUGGAUCCACAGUUCCCUCCAUCUUAAACCGAAUGCAAACCAAACAGACUCCUCCUACUUUUAACAAGACCAACAAGUUCACAUCAGGUUUCCAGAAUAUUGUGGAUGCCUAUGGGAUUGGAACCUACAGAGAAAUCAACCCAGCGCCCUACACCAUCAUUACCUUCCCCUUCCUGUUUGCUGUGAUGUUUGGUGACAUGGGUCAUGGUUUGCUGAUGACAUGUGCAGCACUUUAUCUUGUCAUCAGAGAGAGUCGCCUGCUUGCUCAGAAGAGUGACAAUGAGAUUUUUAACAUGAUAUUUGCCGGCCGUUAUAUUGUCCUUCUGAUGGGAAUAUUCUCUGUCUACACCGGGCUCAUAUAUAACGACUGCUUCUCCAAGUCCCUCAACAUGUUUGGGUCUAGCUGGAGCGUGCGGCCCAUGUUUACCUCUGCGAGCUCAAAUUGGACAUUUAAGACACUGGAUUCAAACCCUGUUCUUCAGUUAGAUCCUGCAGUUCCAGGAGUGUUUGGUGGCCCCUAUCCUUUGGGCAUUGACCCUAUCUGGAAUAUUGCCACAAAUAAGCUGACGUUCCUCAACUCGUUUAAAAUGAAGAUGUCUGUAAUCCUGGGUGUCAUUCACAUGCUGUUUGGAGUCACACUUUCCCUCUUCAAUCACCUGUACUUUAAGAAGCCUCUGAACAUUUUCCUGGGUUUCAUUCCAGAGAUCGUGUUCAUGAGCAGUCUUUUUGGUUAUUUGAUACUACUUAUCCUUUAUAAAUGGACAGCUUACGAUGCAGCGACUUCCAAGGAUGCUCCCAGUCUGCUCAUUGCAUUUAUCAAUAUGUGUCUAUUCAACUACAGUGACCCCACCAACAAACCCCUGUAUAGAGGACAGGUAGGGAUUCAGUGUCUGUUGGUGGUGAUAGCUCUUGCAUGUGUACCAUGUAUGCUGGUGGUGAAGACUAUGGUCCUGCGCCAUCAGCACCUGUGGAAGAAACACUUGUCCCAGAUGAGGGAAGCAAGACCUGCUGAGAAUCUAGAAACUUUAGAGCAGACAGGCACCAGCUCACCCACCGGACUCACCCAACAGGGCACACAGAAGUUUGGUGGCGUCCGGGUUGGAAACGGGCCUACUGAGGACGAGGCGGAGAUCAUAGACCAUGACCAGCUCUCGCAGCACUCAGAGGAAGGAGAUGAGCAUUCAGAGGAAGAACCGUUUAACUUUGCAGACGUUGCCGUUAAUCAGGCCAUUCACACUAUAGAGUACUGUUUAGGCUGCAUCUCCAACACAGCUUCGUACCUGCGGCUCUGGGCUCUUAGUUUGGCUCAUGCUCAGUUGUCCGAGGUGCUGUGGGGUAUGGUGAUGCAUCUUGGGCUUUCCUCUCGGAGUGGGGGUGGAUUCUUUGGCCUGUCAAUCAUUUUCUCUGCAUUUGCCACAUUGACAGUGUGCAUCUUACUGAUCAUGGAAGGAUUAUCUGCGUUUCUGCAUGCUCUGCGACUGCAUUGGGUGGAGUUCCAGAAUAAAUUUUACACAGGACUGGGCUUCAAGUUUUUCCCCUUUUCCUUUGUGAGCAUCCUGGAAGGUCGAUUCGAUGAGUGAGCUCACCACACUUGAUAUCAUCAAUUUACCCUGCUGCGUGGAUCCUUGUCUCAGCCCUUCUCUCCAAGAGUGUUUGUAAAUGCAUUCGUGACCUUUAAAUCUCUAAGUGUGUUUUUGAGAGGUGUUGUGUGCUGUAAGCCUUCUCAUCUGUGGCCUGUUGCAUGCGUUGAACAAACUCAGAGUUGCAGAGUAAGGUUUGAGUUGACAAAUCCAACCAGUUUUGUUGUGUGAUGUUGGUCAACUUUCUCUCUCAGCUCAGUUUAAACCCUGAAUCAAUGGUUACUCUUCAUGCACAUGCACAUAAAAGGCUUUUUGGUGUAUGUUUUAGUGUGUUUUAUUUAGUGUGAACAUCCAAUAACAUUCAACAUGGUAAAAAGUAGAUAUGCAAAUUUCUCUGUAAAAUAAAUUAUACGUAAAUAUGAGGACUUAAAAACUUUAUUAACAGCAUACAGCAACACUUUUUUUUUUUUUUUUGAUUAAGGACAUUAUGUUUUACGGUACAUUUUUAUAGUAUCACAAUGACUAACAUUUAACAGAGGAUAAAACCAAAUAAAAUCUCAUAACUCCUAAAUAUUUAAAAAAUAGAAACGCACCAAUAUAAAUGUUUUCCACCGAUACGAUUUUCAGACUUUACCUUGUAAUGCACUUUAAGUCUUUUUGGUUAAAAGCGUCUGCCAAAUAUGUAAAUGGAAUAAUGACAAGUAAAAGAUUAUAAAGAGUCAACCAUAAUAUAUAAAAAUAAUGUCUGAUAAAAGAUGAUAAUUGAGAUUUAACUUUAUAUAACUUUAAUUCUUUAUAUACUUGGAUGCAUCUCAGUCUCCAAAAGAUCUUAGAAGCCAAUUAAAGGCACAAUAUGGAAGAAAUUCAAAACUAUUCAAAACCUACUAGCACAGUGUUAAAUAUUUUGUUCACAUGUAUAAUUACAUUAUCCUAAAUGUUUUCAAAAAUGUUUGAAUUUGUUUUAAAAAACGUUUUGACUCUGUUCAUUUCAAUAGCAUUAUGAAAAUUGUAUGCGAUUGACAUAUAAUAAUAGACAGCCGAGAGAAUGCUAACGUUAAACUAAGGGUGUUUUCACAUAUAGUUCAUUUUAAAAGAACCAAACCCAGUUGACUUAAAGUGAAACAGAAAAGGAACUAGCCGAAUGUGACCUCAGUCCUUUUGGUGUUCACAAUAUAAUGAACUCAAAAGAGGACCCAGUUCUUUUUUUAGUCCUCUUCAGAACUGAAGUGAUCUCAGACCUUUUCUUGUUCACAUCACAACUUCAUAAGAACUCAGACCCCAGCUUUCUGUGCAGCAGUUUAUUUUGAUACAAUGUCAAAACCAUACGCGAACCGGGCCGGGACCUCAUUGAUUUCACAUAUCAAAAAGAAAUCGAACCACAAAAGAACCCAAAAGCGAACCUUACUCAGAACACCUCCAGACGUGGUCUGAGUUCGGUUCGCUUUUGGGUCCUUUUAGGGGGGUCUGAGAUCACUUGGUUUGUUUGGAGGGCUCAGACGAAUCAGGUGUGAAAACACCCUAAGUUACAUUGCUGCAGUAUCUUACCUUCAUGCUUGUGUAUUUAGCUUAAAACAUAUUGCUUGAAGGCUUUUUCCUUCUUGAUUGUUGAUGUAUGACACAGUGUUUGAAUAAUUCAACUCAAAUGGUUAACCUUAAACCUAGGUAUAUCUUGAAGCAAGUGAAAAUGCCAUAAAGCUGACUGGCUUUGAAUGCAGAAGAGAGUGUGCAUAAAGCCCAUUGGCAUAUGAGAUCAUAAUAUUGAUCACGUCUAACAGUAAUCGAGCCACUCUGUUGGAUUAUGAACAAAAUAAUUAUAAAUCUCUAAUUCAAUACAUCAUUCAUAAACGUGACUUGAGUCUUGGAUUGAUUUCCAAUCUGCAAUGAAGUCAAAGACUACAACUGUCAUCAAUCAGCGCUCCUCACAAGUCAUCAAGCUGCAGCGAAAAUGACAUAUUGUGCUUUUAACAUGUAAUAUAUUCAUUUGACAUAUUGUUUAAAGUGAUGAGUAAGUGCAAUGGGGCCUUUAUUGUGCUGGGUUCGCGCAACAGGCCACAAUGUUACCAUAGAAAAGUCUCUCAAAACAGUGAACUACUGCUGUAACUACUGUUACAUUUUAAAAUAUUGGUAUUAAAAAAUUGAACAAAUUGUAAAAGUCUUGUGGCCAAACCGUGAUUAAUUGAGGAGCUAUACAGUGGACCAUCAUGUCCUUUGACAAGAAUGAAAUCAUGAUACACAAUUUAUGAUCACUUUUGUUUUAGAACAAUGAACAGAGACAGUACGAAAUAUCUAGCUGACAUUUUAGAGUAUAGCAUAACUGUAUUUACUACAUUAUACUGUGUCAAAAAAUUACAGUUUUAAAAUGUCCUUAAAUUAUUAGAUAGCCAUAAUAUUUAUAUAACUGGAACCCUGUUAAUAAUGUUAUGCAUCUAUAAAUGAAACAAUUUGGUUCCUUAUUAAAUAUUAUAGAAAAUGGUCAAGAUUUCUUCACUUUUUUUGACUUCUGCAAAUGUCAGUCUUGUUUAUGGAGACUCUUUCCCUGUCAUUGACAAGUUAACUCGUCAAUUAAAAGAAAACGCUUCCCUGUCAAUGACCAGUUUUUCCGCUUAUAAGGAAGCAUAUCAAUAAAGUUUUUAAGUCUUUGUUAAGUACUGAGUGGUUGAUAUAUGUGUGGUUGUAUUUUAUUGUUUUGCUGUAUUAGUGAUGUGAGAGGUAAAUGUUUGUGCAUGAACACACAUUUAAAGUAUAAGGAUUAUAGAGUUAAAAGUCAAGUAUGUUUGUGGUAAGAUCUGUGUGAAGCAUCUUUCUACAUCUGACCAUUCAAUGUACUCCGCUAAAUAAACUAUUGUAAAAGUG